CCUGCACUGCACCCUCCCGGCCUGGGACGUCGCUGUACCGGCCUCCGAGUCCACCGCUGACACCUCUAGCGCUUGGGCAGGGGCGACAGGCGGAGCGAGCGGUGGGGGGCGGAGUCGCCUCAGUUUAGGGGAGGAGGCGGCGGUGGCGUAGGAGUCAGUGGUCCCGGCGCGAUGGCCGCUUCGGUGUUGUGCUGCCUGCGAUGCUGCAGAGACGGCGGGACUGGCCACAUCCCUCUGAAGGAAAUGCCGGCCGUGCAGCUGGACACGCAGCACAUGGGAACAGAUGUUGUCAUUGUAAAGAAUGGAAGAAGAAUAUGUGGGACAGGAGGUUGUUUAGCCAGCGCACCUUUACAUCAAAAUAAAAGCUACUUUGAAUUCAAAAUCCAGUCUACAGGAAUCUGGGGUAUUGGUGUUGCAACUCAGAAAGUUAACUUGAAUCAGAUUCCUCUUGGCCGAGAUGUGCACAGUCUGGUGAUGAGAAAUGAUGGAGCCCUGUACCACAACAAUGAAGAGAAAAAUAGGCUGCCCGCCAACAGCCUUCCACAGGAGGGAGACGUGGUGGGCAUCACAUAUGACCAUGUAGAAUUGAAUGUGUAUUUGAAUGGGAAAAACAUGCACUGCCCAGCAUCAGGUAUACGAGGGACAGUGUAUCCAGUUGUUUAUGUUGAUGACAGUGCAAUUUUGGAUUGCCAGUUCAGUGAAUUUUAUCAUACACCUCCACCCGGUUUUGAAAAAAUAUUAUUUGAACAGCAGAUCUUCUGAAUAUAUUUGUUUUUGAAUCUUGUAUUUCUGCACUGUUAAAAGUGUUUACCAUUUAAUAAAGCUUUACCUGACCUAUAGAUGAAAAUAUAUUCUUAAAUAUAUGCCUGUUAAUGUUACCUACGAAACCAAUCUACUUAAUACACCACCCAGAAGUUGUGAUUUAAAAUACUUAUGUUUUGUGAUAUGAAAAUCAGCAUUUGGGGUGGUUUAUUAAUUGUUACUUAAAUAAACAUAACUAUGGGUUUAAUUAACACUCUUACAUGGCAGUAUGUAUAGAUAUUUAAAGAGGACUCUUUCUUACAUAAAAUAGUUGUUGUGAAAGAGAUGUAGAAUUGGGUGGGGUUUUUUUGGUCAUUCUGACGUUUAGACCUCGUUAACUAUUUUAAGUCUGCAGUACAGUAAUUUUUUGUUUCGGCGUCCUUUUUAUGUAAAAAAGGACAAUAUAACAAAGUGGCAGAAGUUUUUACUAUUGGCAACUUCAUUUUUGGCAAUCAGUUUAUUGUAUAAUGUACCAUUUCUUAAAACUUAAAUUGCUUAUUUUGUUGUGUAUUGUCCUUGUUUUUAAUUUUCGUUUGUGAAAAGAGAUAAACGUUUUAAUAAUUGUCAGAGCAUUUUGUUGAAAACCAUCAUGCUGCAGGCAGUUCCAGCUUACAUACAACUCACAUUUAUGAAUGGAGGCUAUUACAGGUAAUCAGUAAAUGUACCCGUUCUGACUUAUAUACAAAUUCAACUUAAGAACCUAUGUAGUUUGUAACCCAGGGACUGCCUGUACUUCAACUUCAGAGUCAGUGAUGGUUGAUUAGUAAUGUAGUGUACACUGGCAGACAUGUAGAAGAGUAUGAUGCUUUUUAAACUUAAAUUUAAAUGAGAUUAUUCUUUUAAGAACUCUUAUUUACAUGUGUAUUUUCUGUAAAGGAUAAUAAAAUAUUAAUAGUAAUUAAGGAAUUUCAGUACUAUAUGAAACACAUUGUUCUUGAUUUGUUAAUUAUACAGUCAAUUUAUUUCACUCUUGACUAGUUCAGAAGUAAGGUGAAUCCUCUCCGUGCCCCUGAGGCUUUGCCCACCUUUCAUAAGAAUCCCUGCCCUUUGGUAACACCUGCUAACCUGCACCAAUCACUCUAUACGUCCCUAGGUACCCGCUGCCUAGCAAGGAUGCGUGUGUUUUGCUCCUUGUGCCAAAGAAAACAGUAUGUUAGAAAAACACGGGUGUUAGAAUUGGAAGGAGAUCUGAGUUGCAGUUUUGCUGCUUAAUCCCAUUACCUCCUCGGGGUAAGUUCCUCAGUCUCUCUGCGCCCAGAAUUCACAGAUUGUAAAAGGGAAGUCAUAUUGACUAGAUAAGAUUCUGUAACUAGUAAAUAAAGUGAUGUCUGUAAAACACCUGGAUCGGCACGGGCACUUCAGAAGCAUAUUUUCCUGGUUGACUCUAAAGCAGUGGUUUCUGUGGUGUGCCUCAGACUAGCAGCCUCAGCAUCGCCUGGGAGCUUGUUACAAUGGACGCUCUGAGGUUCUACCCCAGACCCAGCAAAUCAGAAACUGCCGGGGAUGGCACCCGGUACCCAGCCCAGAAUCUGCAUCUGAACAGCCCUUCAGGUCGAUUGGAUGUACACUCAAGUUUGACGACCACUGCUCGGGAGAGAAUUCUUUGCCUAUUUUGACCAAUAGUCUAUAGUAUCCUGCACAAUGCGUUAUUGUUUAUUUGGUAGAUAAAAACGUAACAACGUGCUUUGAAAAGAUAAAUAUAAUUAACAUGUAUUGACAUAAAUCCCAAAUAUUACCUCUAAGGUACAUGGAAUUGAACAAGUUAUAUAUUAUUUAUGCAUUUUAGUCUGACUCUGUCAUAAUAAUUUGAAUUCAUAAAGAAAUGCUUACUUGGGAAAGCAAAUUAAAAUGA